UUCGAAUAGCAUAACAGGGAAGCAAUUCAAACUAUUAUGUUUGAGCUGAAGGCCUUCUGCUUUGUUGUAGCACUAGCUUUGCUGGCCUGUUCGGCAAAUGCUGAUGAAGAUAACUUUCGAUGUCAAGGCAUCUACGAAUAUGAUGCAUCUUUUAAAGGAAAUGUGUCAAGUCCUUUCUAUGGUCAAAAGCAAUAUCCUAGUGAAUUAUGGUGCGAAUACAGAAUACGUUCGCCAAAACGCACUCGGAUUAAAAUAACUUUCAGAGAUUUUGAUUUGGAUCCUUCAGAUCAGCUCUUCGUGUUUGGAAAAGACAAGUUAUCAGUCUAUGUAGUCCUGACUGGCUACGACAAUCCCAGACCUUUCGUUUCCCAUGAAAACGAAUUUCGACUUGUCUUUCAAUCGGAUUUCAUGGUUAGUGGAAGAGGAUUCCUUCUGGAAUACGAAUCUGGUCCCAAAAUAAAACUCUGUAAUUCUGGCUAUCGUGAAUGCCAUAACCGAAAUUGUUAUAAGCCUGAGCAGAAAUGUAAUGGAGUGGAUGAUUGCGGAGAUGGCACUGACGAGGAGAAUUGCAAUCUCCCUGGGGCAAUUGAACCUGAAGAAUGCGGUAUCCAGGCUAUCACACCAAAGACCACGUUUAAUACUUCACCUGACAGAAUGGUUGGCGGAGAACCAGCUGUCCCCAAUAGCUGGCCAUGGCAAGUGUCUCUUCAAGGCAGAGAGACUGAACCCAGUUCGCAUUUUUGUGGGGGAACACUCAUUAAUAACCAAUGGAUUCUGACUGCAACACACUGUGUUAGCAAGAAGUAUGAUCCUGGUGACAUCAAAGUAGUUUUGGGAUCUCACGGUAAGUUCACAAGAACUCCCUACCAGCAAGAUAGAUACAGUGCCAAAGUGUUUGCUUACCCAGACCUUGAAGGAGAUGACGUCAGAAGGUUUGAUAUGACCCAUGACCUCAGUCUUAUUAAGCUAAACGCACCGGUGACAUUCAACAAGGGAGUUCAACCAGCGUGCUUGGCUCAGCUCGGGUGGACCGCUAAACCAGGUUGGCACUGCUACGCUACAGGAUGGGGUGAAAGUAGAGGUUCUGGAGGAUCCGAGGCCUUGAAGCAAGCAGAACAGAUUGUCCAGCCCAAACAGAACUGCAGUUUCAACGAACAAACCCAGAUUUGUGUCGCGAAGCAUCAGAAUGCCCCCUGCCAUGGUGACAGCGGUGGACCUUUACAAUGUAAGCUUGGCGAAAAAUGGUUCGUCUUCGGAGCAGCUAGUUUCGUCACCGCAUCGAAUUUCAUAAAAGGUCUUUGCGCUGGACCAGAGACGAUGACGGUUUAUGCUAACGCAGCCGACAAAGCAGAAUGGAUCAAGACAAUCAUCGAGACAAAUUGAUGAAUAAAUAUCAGAUCACUGUAAAGCUUCCAUCUGUUUAGUUCAAAUAAAUCAACGUUCUCUAAUUA